UCUUUAAGUCCAUUUGACCUAAGGUCACCUUGAGAUCAAAUGAGAAGCUGCAAUACUUCUUUAUUGGUCUUCCUUAUGACGAUGACGUUUAGUGAUGAGGAAGACACGUGGCUCCCUCGUGGCGGAUACUAAAAAAACCAUUUAACUAUUGAAGCCAUUUAACUAGUACCACACACGUGAAAUGUUGGAUGUAUUUAGUAGUGAAGCUGUUCUUUAGGUUAGACUUCCAUAAUGGUUCAUCAUUGUUCUGCUUUUGGCUGUUCAAAUCGCUUCGUAUGGGUUGUGGAAUUGGUUUUUAUCGAUUUCCAUCAGAUAAAAAACGACUGAUAUCAUGGAUCAAAGCUGUUAGCCGUGAAAACUUGAUGCCAGGAAAAGAUGCUCGCAUUUGUGGAGCACAUUUUCAAACAGGUAUGCCAUCACGUGAUGCAGAUCAUCCCGAUUAUGUGCCAAAUGUGUUUUCGUUCAAGAAAGGAAGAAAAACUGCAUCCGUAAAGUGCCAUAAAAGAAGGAAAGCACUACAAAUAAAACGUAGUGAGGUACUUAAAGAGGAUGAUGAAAUUGAAUUAGUGGAGCCAAUAAUUUGUAAGCAUGAUUCUGGUAUGUCAUUUUUGUUGCCAGAAAUGACUGAUCAAGAAAAAAUGUUUGAAUCAUUAAACAUUGAAAUAAUGAACUUGAGGGCUGAAAAAAUGAAGCUGGAGGAAGAUUUGAAAAAAAUUUCAAAUUUAAACAUCCUAGAAGAUGAAAAAACCAUAUCAAGAAUUGAACAGCUGUUAAUUGUUUUGAUAAAAUUAAAACUUAAUUUAUUUGCCACAGAUACUGCUUAUAGAUUUGGGACAUCCAGAAGGACCGUUGGAAGAAUCUUUGACUUAUGGUUAGAGCCACUUGCUGAGAAAUUGAAAUCUUUGAUAAAGUUUCCCAGUAAGAAGGCUCUGAAACAAAAUGUCCUCAAACCUUUAAAAACAUCCAAUUAUAGAAACUGUAGUAAGAUCAAUGAUCGUACUGAAGUGGCAAUUGAGAAACCAAGCAAUUUAAAAUCGCAAUCACAAACCUACAGUUUAUAUAAACAUGGGCAUACCAUCAAAUUUCUGGUAGCCACAACACCUUCUGGAUGUAUAUCUUUUCUAUCUAAGUGCUGGGGAGGCCGGACAUCAGAUAAAGAAAUAACAAUCAAAUCCGGAUUUUUAGAUCACGUUCAGCCAGGAGAUGUUGUUCUGGCUGAUCGAGGUUUUAUUGUAAAUGAUUAUUUUAUAAACAAAGGAGCAAAUUUAAUUGUGCCUGCCUUUAAAAAAGGUGUAAACCAAAUUAGCAAGUUUGAUAUAAUGCGAUCUAAAAACAUAUCUAAUGUCAGAAUUCAUGUAGAAAGAGUAAUCAAACAAAUUAAACGCUUUAAUAUUUUGAAGGGAGUAAUUCCCAUUUCUUUUUUAAAAUACAUAGAUUUUGCCCUAAUUAUUUGUGGAGCAUUAUGUAAUCUAAAUAAUUCAAUUGUAGAUACCAUAGAGUAAGGCAAUAUUUUCCUUAAUAUUUUAAUUUGUAAAAUUGGUGCAUGGUACUUUAAAAGAUAGGUUCAUUAAAAUUUUUUAUUUAUAUUAUACAAGUUAUUGAAACAAUUUUUUUUAUAUUAAUAGAUCAAUUUUCAAGUACUGCUGCACAUUCUUAUAUUAUUUAAAACUAUAUCUGGAUAUUACUUUAAAACUAUAACAAAAAAAAUUUUUUCUCC